AUGACCGACUCCUCAGCGUCAACUUCUGCGGCUCCUGCCAAUCGACAUGCUCUAACAUCUGUUGAAAAGCAACGCGCUCAACUGGAGAAGUUGCUCAAAGAUCCUUCGAAGCCUGCAUACAUUCCUCCACCACCCAAGGAGAAGAACAUUCGUCCCGCGCGAGAAAUGAUGAAAAAUGUGCAAGGCUCUAGUGCUGGUGCUGGUAGUGGCGAGUUCCACGUUUACAAGGCGAGCAGACGGCGAGAAUAUGAACGGCUCAAGCUUCUCGAAGAAGCCUCGCACAAGGAAAUAAUAGAGGAAGAAUUUGAGCGCAAGCGUCGAGAGGCAGAGGAAAUCGCGAACGCGAAAACUGCGAAGAACCGGGCCAAGAGACAGAAGAAGAAAGAACGAUCAAAGAUGAAGGGGCCAGCGAACGACGACUCUGCGUCCAAGGCUGAAGGCUCAGAACGCUCCGAGUUGCCAAUCAAGAAACGACGUCUGGCAGACGGGGAAGGUUUGAUUUUCAAGAAGCCUGGAGAGACGAGCGACGACGAAUCUGAGGUAGAGGAGGUCCAGCAACCUAAAGGCCGCGCAGAGAACCAGAAGCAGCCAAUAUCCGCCCAGGAAGCCCCGGCGGUGUUGGAAACGACAAAGAUAAUGAUCGUCGAGGACGAUUGA